UAUGGCUAUCAAACAUCAAGAAUUACCUUUCCUCCUCUCCUUCCUUGUGCUCACCCUAUUUGUCCACCGAUCUCUCGCCGCUGGUGGCAUCGCAAUCUAUUGGGGUCAGAAUGGAAAUGAAGGCACCUUAAACGAAACCUGUGCAUCAGGUAAUUAUGCUUAUGUGAACAUAGCUUUCCUCUACAAGUUCGGCGGCGGCCAGACCCCGGAGAUCAAUCUAGCAGGCCAUUGCGAUCCAGAUUCAGGUGGUUGCACAAUUUUCAGUAGUGAAAUCACCUAUUGCCAAAGUCUAGGACUUAAAGUGAUGCUCUCCCUUGGUGGUGGUUCUGGGAAUUAUACUCUAACUUCCAACCAAGAUGCACAGGACGUUGCUGACUACCUGUGGAACAACUUCCUUGGUGGUAAUGUAUCAUCAUCGACUAGACCACUCGGCGACGCCGUGCUCGAUGGAAUAGACUUCGACAUCGAGAUGGGAUCGACGGAAUACUGGGAUAAACUAGCUGAGUACCUCUCGAAUUAUAGUAAUGAAGGGAAUAAGGUUUACUUGACUGCAGCUCCACAAUGCCCUUACCCUGAUAAGUAUCUUGGAACUGCUCUAAAUACUAGUCUUUUUGACUAUGUUUGGGUUCAGUUCUAUAACAAUAAUCCUUGUGAAUACACCUCUGGUAAUGUUACAAAUCUUUUGAAUUCAUGGAACACAUGGGCGACGGUGGUUCCGGCUGGGAAGAUCUUCUUAGGGUUACCUGCCUCUUCUGAUGCAGCCGGUAGUGGAUUCAUCCCUGCAGAUGUUCUAACCUCCCAAGUCCUCCCAGUAACAAAGACUUAUUCCAAGUAUGGUGGGGUAAUGCUCUGGUCUAGAUAUUAUGAUCUUCAAAGUGGGUAUAGUUCCUCUAUUAAGAGCAGUGUAUGAGUUGGUAUCCAUCACUGCUUUUCUUUGUGGGUUAAUUUCUGCAAUAAUCUAAGUUUGUUUCAGUUUAAGAAUUAAUUAUAGGUCUUCAUAUGAUAUUCGGAAUCACUUCAUUAAAUAUUGUAAUCCAAAGAGUUCUUGUGGUAGAACAAGU